AUGAACAAACCUCUCUCACAAAGCGAAAACAAAACCAAAGGCAAAGCAAAAAAGGUCUCGUCUCGAGCAUGCCGAGCCAUCGUCAUCGUCGUCGUCGUCGUCGUUUGCAUUGUUAUCGAGUCUUGUUCGUUCUACACAUAUAUCCUUGACUAUGUCGGGUUCAUGCUGGAUUCGAGGUGGGUCUUUAUCUUUACCAGUCCAGCCCACCCUAGCUUUGCCGAUAUCGAUGCCGAUGCCGACCCCGAUUUAAUCUGGAUGUAA